AUGGUUAGAAAAUUUUACGAAGAUGACGAGCUCAUCAUAAACAAGCCCGGUACCAUCGAUCCCAUUACCCCAAAACUCCAACACCAAGAAUCAAUCCAUGGCGAAGGCGCCUCCAUAAUUGAUGGAAUGGUAAUUCGAACCACACCCAUAUUGGAAAAAUAUAGUAACCAAGUCCGUCAAUUCCUCAUCACGAAAUUCAAUAUCUUGGAAGCUGAAUUAAAGACUCAAAGACUGGCCAGUUUGAAUGAAUGGCGACAUUUGAAACUGGGAUUUAAUGAUCUUGUGGAAGAGCCAGUUUUGCCUAAUGGGAUAUAUAUCUUGACUGCGGGGUUAACUGGUAGUAUAUUAGUACGUAAUCGCAACAUUGGACUUCGAUUUGUUACUCCGUUGUUGUUUGGUGGUGUAGCUACAAGAUAUUACAUGCCGAGGACUUUUGCCAAUUUGCUGAAGAAAUAUGAUGAAUUGGAAUUGGAAAAUGUACCUGAUUUAUAUACGCAACGACAAGAUUUGAUUAGGCAACUGAUUCAAUGGAAGCAUGAUGCUGAAUUGCUAAGGGUCAAGUUUAAUGAUGGUGUUAUUGAACAAGUUCAUGACUUGAGAAAUAAAUGGAAAGAAGUAUGGAAUUGA